AUGACCAAAUCCAAGCCGGAGUUUUCCAUCCUCGUCAUCGGUGGAGAUGGAAUUGGCCCUGAAGUCACCGCAGAGGCCACCGCAAUUCUCGAUUUACUCUCGGCGCAUCCCAAGGGCCGUGCAACUUUCAAGCUUCUCCCUCGGCUCUUUGGUGGCUGCUCUAUUGACAAACAUGGAGUAUCCGUCACAGAAGAAGUUCUUGAAACGGGCCGCAGAGCCGACGCCAUUCUCAUGGGCGCCGUUGGAGGUCCCAAAUGGGAUGGAAUGAGGCAUGGGUUUGAAGGCCCCGAAGGUGCCACUCUACGCCUGCGUGAAGUGACACAGGUAUACGCGAAUCUGCGGCCUUGUGAAUAUUUUGCAGCAGGAAACAGUCCCCUCAGAGAGGAACUUGUUCGUGGAACAAAGUUCAUAGUUCUUCGCGAGAAUUGCGGUGGAGCUUUCUAUGGGCCUAAGGAAGAAACUUCCGAUUAUGCUUCAGACUUGUGGUCUUACAAACGCUCUGAAAUUGAGCGUGUCACUCGCAUGGCGGCACAUUUGGCCAUCUCCAAAGCGAGCCCCAAAAAGACCGUCAUUAGCUGUGAUAAAGCCAAUGUUUUGGCCAGCUCGCGACUAUGGCGAAAAGUCGUCCAGGAAACUAUGGAGAGAGAAUUCCCAGAAGUUGAGAUCGUGCAUCAACUUGCCGAUAGUGCAACCACACUCAUGAUGAUGCGUCCCACGCUUUUCAAUGGAGUGGUUCUUGCCGACAACACAUUUGGUGACUUGCUGUCUGAUCUUGCUGGUGUCAUCCCAGGGACACUUGGUGUCUUGCCGUCGGCCUGCCUUGCAGACAUUCCUGUUCAAAAAUGGGGUGAUAAACCAAUCAAGGGUUUCUACGAGCCGGUGCAUGGAUCGGCGCCAGAUAUUGCAGGCCAGGGAAUUGCGAAUCCAAUCGGAGCCAUUCUCAGUGCAGCUCUCAUGCUCAGGUAUAGCUUCGGAAUGGAAGAGGAAGCUACUGCAAUUGAGAAAUCUGUCACCCUGACUUUGGAUGAGGGGCUUCGAACAAGGGAUAUGAAGGGUACAGCUUCCACAACAGAGAUUGGAAGUGCGAUCAGGAAAACGCUAUUGGAACUACUAGAUGAGCAAGCCCUCUAA